UGGUCACAGACCUGGAGUUACAGAGCCCAGGCUCCACGCAGAGGAAGGCACAGCGAGAGCCGGCUGGGGGCCCACUGACCACUGCCAUGCCCUCUGCAUCCCCCACGAGGCCCUGGGAUGCUGUGCCCCCCAAUACCACUGCAGCAGCAUGGACCAAUGGAAGUGUGCCCCUUUUCCACCUGUUUGCCCAGCUGGAUGAGGAGCUGCACCAAGACUUCCCCAACCUGUGGCUGGCACUAAUGGUCGUGCAUGGCACCAUCUUCUUGGCUGGGCUAGUGCUCAAUGGACUAGCAUUAUAUGUCUUCUGCUGCCGCACGCGAACCAAGACACCUUCAGUGAUCUAUACCAUCAACCUGGUGGUGACUGACCUGCUGGUGGGCCUGUCGCUACCCACACGCUUUGCUGUCUUCUACAGUGCCCGUGGCUGCCUACGCUGCGCUUUCCCUCAUGUCCUGGGCUACUUCCUCAACAUGCAUUGCUCCAUCCUCUUCCUCACCUGCAUCUGUGUGGACCGCUACCUGGCCAUUGUACAACCUGAGGGUUCCCGUCGCUGGCGCCAACCAGCCUGCGCCAAGGCUGUGUGCAUCUUCGUGUGGCUGGCAGCCGGCAUCGUGACCCUGUCUGUACUGGGCGUGAAGACUGGUGGACGAUCGUGUUGUCGUGUCUUUGCUCUGACUGUUCUGGAGUUCCUGCUGCCGCUGCUGGUCAUCAGCAUGUUCACAGGCCGCAUCAUGUGUGCACUAUCGCGACCCAGCCUGCUACGCCAGGGCCGCCAACGCCGCAUGCGGGCCAUGCAACUGCUGCUCACAGUGCUCGUCAUCUUCCUGGUCUGCUUCACACCCUUCCACGCCCGCCAGGUGGCCGUGGCAAUAUGGCCCAAUGUGCCACGCCACACGAGCCUCGUGGCUUACCACGUGGCUGUGACCCUCAGCAGCCUCAACAGCUGCAUGGACCCCAUUGUCUACUGCUUCAUCACCAGUGGCUUCCAGGCCACUGUCCGAGGCCUCUUCCACCAGCAUGGAGAAGAAUUCAAGCCCAGCAGUAUGGGUGCAGUCAGCAUGCACAAGAGCACCAAGGCUUCGGGCCCCCAUCAAAUCCUCAGCACCGGCUCUCACACCCUCACCCAACCUCUGACCAAUGGGCCUGAGCCGUAGGCAGCAAGUGCUCUGUCUAGGGACAAAGGUCAAGGCUCUGAGAGGUUACCAGUCAGUCACAACCUGGACCUGGCCAACAAGUUGACUUCCUAUUGAUCCAUUGGAUAUGGCUGCCCAGUGUGUUGUAUUGACAAACUGAGUCCACCGUGCUGUGAUUGAUUAGCAAUGUCUGCCAAGGACUCCAGCUAGGGUGUACCGGUGUGAAUGUCGGAUGCUUGCCUUCCCUGUGGCUGUUCAGUGGUGUCCAGUGAACACUCAAAAAGGUAGCCAGGAGCUGCUUCUCACCUCCCUUAUUUCUUCUCCUGAAGAAGCUCCUCCAGAGAAAGCAUAAAGAUUAAUAUUCUGAGGACACCACCAGAAAAGCCUCCACCACAGGCAGAUCGAGAAACAAGAACAAGACUGUUAUCUACAGGGAGUGGAGAGAACCCCUCGAGUGGCCCUGGGCUUCUGAACCAUACCACAGGCCAGCAGAGCAAUACAAAGUGCCCGCUGCCCGCUACGUGCCAGGACUUAGGUAUCUGGCUGACACUUGGACCACUGCAACCCCAAAAGAAGAAGCUAGUUUUAGUUCCAGCCUUUCCUGUCUUUCAUGCAAAGAGGGGAAGUGACACAGAUGCUACCACUGGACAAUGGUAGGGUCAAAGCUAAGGCCAGUCUCACAGCCUCCAGCAUCCCAGCUCCUGCUUCCACGGCUACCUUCCAGACUCCUGAAGACCCUGCCCAGGAUUGGUCCUGAGUCCAUUGCCUGCUCCCCCAGACUCUGCAAGGCCCCA